CAGCUGCGCGACCAAUCGCCGCGUCCCAGCGCCGACACGAAACACCGCGGACUCGGGGCACGGCGCUCUUCGAUUCGUCCUCGUCGGUGCCCGUCGGCGCGUCUCAGUGUCUCGUGUGCGAGUUAUUUGAAGCGACUUUAAUUCGAGUUAUCAUUGACGAGCCCCGCUCAACGUUUGGUGCCUCCGCCGCCCGCAGACCUGCGCGCGGCCUAGCGCGUUUUGCCGAGGUUCGAGUGCGCAGCGGCCUCGACUAGAACACUUCCGGUCUGGGCGCAGGUGCAGCGGACACCACCACCACCCCCCUCCCCCCCUAACUUCCCGGGUCACCAUGGCGCAUACAAGCCUCUACCCGCUGCUCAUUAACGUGUGCGCGUCCGUCGCGGGCUUUGCGGCCACCUUGCGUCUCAUCCCGGCUUUCUGCCCGCAUUUCCUCGCGGCAAACCUGUGCGGCAGAGACCUCAACAAGACGGACGACAAGAAAGUUCCCGAGUCUCUUGGCGUGGUGAGCGGCGCUGUCUUCCUCCUCAUUCUCUUCUGCUUCAUCCCCGUACCUUUCUUGGGUUGUUGGAUCGGCGAAGGAUGCACAAACUUCCCUCACGACCAGUUCGUGGGGCUGCUCGGUGCCCUGCUCGCCAUCUGCUGCAUGAUAUUCCUGGGCUUCGCCGACGACGUGCUCAACCUGCGCUGGCGCCACAAGCUGCUGCUGCCCUCGGCCGCUUCGCUGCCCCUGCUUGCCGUCUACUUCUUGCACUUUGGGCGCACGCUCGUGGUCGUGCCCUACCCGCUGCGCCCGCUGCUCGGCAUGCACCUUGAGCUCGGAGUCCUGUACUACGUCUACAUGGGAAUGCUGGCCGUGUUCUGCACCAAUGCCAUCAACAUCCUGGCUGGGAUUAAUGGCCUCGAGGCUGGGCAGGCCCUGCUCAUCUCUGCCUCCAUCAUCAUCUUCAACUUCCUUGAGCUCGGUGGAGACUGCGGAGAUGACCACAUGUUCUCUCUCUACUUCAUGUUCCCAUUCUUCUUCACCACUCUCGCCUUACUCUACCACAACUGGUACCCUUCGCGCGUGUUUGUGGGCGACACGUUCUGCUACUUUGCCGGGAUGACGUUCGCCGUGGUGGGAAUCCUGGGCCACUUCAGCAAGACCAUGCUGCUUUUUUUCCUGCCGCAGGUGGCCAACUUCAUCUACUCCGUGCCCCAGCUCUUCCACUUGGUGCCCUGUCCCCGCCACCGCCUGCCCCGAUUGAAUCGUGCAACAGGCAAGCUUGACAUGAGUUUUGCUAGAUUCAAACAAACAGAACUCUCAGCUCUUGGAAAGGCAAUUCUGCAGGUCGGGGAGAAGCUGCGGCUCGUGGAGGUGCGGCACGACGUUGGCGAGGACGGCAAGUACACGGAGUGCAACAAUCUGACGCUCAUCAACCUCGUGCUCAAAGCGCUGGGCCCGGUGCACGAACAGAGGCUCACCAUCACCAUGCUGCUGCUGCAGGUAUUGGGCAGUGCAGUUGCAUUCUUCAUCCGCUACCAGCUGGCCAGGCUUUUCUACGACGUCUGAGUCUCUUUCGCCGUGCUCGUCCUAUGAAGAGUCAACCGCGCGCUGACAUUACUCCCGCGCGUCUCUGACAGUCUCGGCACAAGCGUGAAGAAGGGAAGACCUUCCGUCCUGUUUGGUCUUGAGCCAGGGGGGUUUUGUGGGCAACACCUGGAAGUGGCAAAUAGCUUCCAGAAUUGACAGUGGGGCAGAAUGCUUUCGUGGAUAUGCUGUCUUGCUUUACAUGCGUACUUGAUUAUUACAUAAAAAAUGUACAAUGCCCUUCUUUUAAUGCCCUUCCAAAAAUGAGCUACCAGUCACUGUGCUAUCAUGGAUGUUUUGCGAUCUCGAGAUACAAUUCUUUAAGAAAAUUAUUGAUAUCGUUGGCCACCCAGGGUGGUACUGAUAAAUCAAUGGCUCUCACAAGGAGCUGUGGGCUGAACUCCGCUACAAAUAAUGUACAUUGCAAAUCGGCCAGAAGGGCGACUCUGUUGUAAGAAACUCUUUUUACUCUUCGUGUCGGUUUGUUUGACAAUGGGGAAAAAAAGCAUUGUUAACGAAUAUGUAUUGGAAUAUGCAUACUAAGUCUGCUUUUUAUUUCACACAACUGAAAGUGUGCACGCUUACAGCCGUUUUGUCAGUACGCUGCUGGAUGAGGGACUCGUAAUGCCACGUGGCUCAUUGGGUUUAUUGGAUCUUAAAGAUAGAAGUACGGUAAAACAAUGGAUUUGUAUGAACUGCCCUCUGCUGACCACCACCUUGAACACAGCUCCGAAGCCACCUAAGACAGCCUUCAGCGCGCACUCAUGGUGGUGGCCGAUCCCGUGCACUUAUUAUCUUGGCUGAAGCCUGCUUAGCUUGAAAGAUCUAAUGAAAAUUAGGCACAUCAGCAGGUGAUUGGCUCAUAAAUUAUGUUGCUUCUGGAAGUAGCCAGCUGCGAUAGGGAUGUGUAUUCUGGAUGCUUGGAGUGAGGCAUUCAUGAUCGGUUAGUAAUGAACGAAUGCUACAUUGAUGCAGCAUCUGCUUUCAAAGCUACGUUUGUUUCCCUCCAGGACUUGCAUUAAUCUUGACUCUUGUGACUAUCCACUGGAGAAAAAAAAAUUUUGGUUCGAUUUGGCUUCCUCUAAGGUAGCGGUUCUCAACCUCUCCGGAUCUGCGGACGAUUGUCAAAAAGAUAUAAUAGCGGAUCACCACGCAGUAAAAAUACGGUGUUUUGUGAAAUCGUCGUAGUCUGUUACAGUUCACCAUGGCCUUGUGGGGAGUGCCGGUAAGCAAGGACCGGUCGUUGGUAACCGCUGCCGGAAGGGGUUGAAGUCUGGUCGUCUGGAUGUCGCACCUUUUUACUCAAGCAAGCCAUGUGUCCAGGUUCAUCACGAUGGAUGUGGCUGUAUUGAUUUUUGAUCAAGGCGCAUUUCAUGCAGCCUCGAUGGAUUAAAAUUCAAGCGAAUAGAAGCAAUGUGUGUAAAUGGUACAUGCAUUUAUUUUACGUAACUUAUUUGAAAUUGAAUACAAAAGGAUGAAAUGCAGAAUGUUAUUACAUUAAAAUCAAGGUCUAUUUGAAACAUC